UAUGUAUGUGUGUAUUAAAGCGCCAGCCGUUCCGGGAUUUAUUUUUUGCGGAUAUGUGUUUGGUUAAGGGGGUGCAUUUCUGUUGUUUAAAAGGGAGGAAAAAAAAGGGGCCGGCUGGUUUGUUCUGGGGUCCCUCGUGGAAUCCAAGCCCCUCAUGGGUGCUAUUUUGCAAUCUCAGGCUCCUGCUAUUGGUCAGUCCAUGAUCAGAUGGUUCUAUUUCCUUGUGUCCCUUCACUGGCACCCAGCCAUCCCCCUUCAGCUAAAACCCAAUCUCCGAUAUACUACUAAUAGCUAAACCACUUGGACUAUAAAACACAACAAAUCAUAACGCCAGGGAAGGACGGCUGCCUCCUCCCAAUGAGUUCUUAUUUUGUCAACUCUACCUUCCCGGUGAGCCUGGCCGCUGGGCAGGAGCCCUUCUUGGGACAGAUCCCGUUAUAUUCCUCAGGAUAUGCGGAUCCUUUAAGACACUACCCCGCUACCUAUGGAGCUACUGGAGUCCAGGAGAAGGGCUAUCCCUCCUCUUCUUAUUACCAGCAAGCUAACGGAGCUUACAGCCGGACCACAGCCUGUGACUAUGGGACAGCUGGUUUUUACAGGGAGAAGGACCCUGCCUGUGCCAUCUCCAGCCUGGAGGACCAGGGGCAGUUUGGCCAGGAUCAGCGGAAGUCAGACUGCGCUCAGAGCAAAAAUGUGUUCGGGGAGAGUGAGGAACAGAAGUGCUCCACGCCCGUCUACCCCUGGAUGCAGAGGAUGAACUCCUGCAACAGUUCAUCCUUCGGGCCCAGCGGCAGGAGAGGCCGGCAGACCUACACCCGCUACCAGACCCUGGAGCUGGAGAAGGAGUUUCACUUCAACCGCUACUUGACCAGGCGCCGCCGGAUCGAAAUCGCACACGCACUUUGCCUGACAGAACGACAGAUCAAAAUCUGGUUCCAGAACCGGAGGAUGAAAUGGAAAAAAGAGAACAAACUGCUCAACUCUUCGCAGCUGAGCGCGGAGGAGGAGGAGGAGAAAGCGACGGAGUGAAAGUAUUAUUUAAAAAGAAAAAAAAAGGAGGGAGGGAGAGAGAAAGAAAGAGAGAAGAUCAGGGAAGGUGGAGGGGACAGAGCUGAACUGUAAAAUAGCGGAGACAGUUGGAAGAUUCUGAGCCCUGGGACUCCUGUUUCAAUAAUCUGUCACAAUGAGGCUUCUUAGCUGAGUUUUUCCCCCCUUCCUUUCUAUUCCUCCUUCCAAAAAAAAAAAAAAGACUCUUACCUGUGUUUCUCCCCUUUGGUGUCCCUGUUAGUAACUGCUAACUCUUGUAUUUAAUGGAGGUGAUGCAAUAUAUGUCAUUUUUGGUGUUUAUUGUCUUAAUUUUGUAAAAAUGUUUCAUGCACGAUUGACUUACAGAUUUUUUUUCUGUUUUUUUUUUCUUUUGGUAAAUUAAUCAAGCCCUGGGGUCUUUGUAAUUAGUUUCUUUCUUUUUUUUUUAAAAGAGAGAAAACCCUACUGAAGGAACGAGUACUACCUAAAAGAAUGCAAAAGCAACAACAAAAAAAGUUCUAUUUUAUUAAUUUUUUGUACGUGUUGUGUUUGUAGCUUGUCUUAGGUAUGUACAUGGAAUAUUCUAAUAAAAACAAAUAUUCGAUCUCA